GUCUUUGCCCGCUCAGGUCUCGAGGGAGGGGCUGAGCUCGUGCCCAGGAAGCAUGGCACUCUGGCGGGCAUACCAGCGGGCCCUGACUGCUCACCCGUGGAAAGUACAGGUCCUGACAGCUGGGUCCCUGAUGGGUCUAGGUGACAUUAUCUCACAGCAGCUGGUGGAGAGGCGAGGUCUGCGGGAACACCAGACUGGCCGGACUCUGACCAUGGUCUCUCUGGGCUGUGGCUUUGUGGGCCCUGUAGUAGGAGGCUGGUACAGGCUUUUGGACCGGCUCAUCCCGGGCACCACCAAAGUGGAUGCACUAAAGAAGAUGCUGUUGGAUCAGGGGGGCUUUGCCCCGUGUUUUCUAGGCUGUUUCCUCCCACUGGUAGGAACACUCAAUGGAUUGUCAGCCCAGGACAAUUGGGCCAAACUCCAGCGGGAUUACCCUGACACCCUCAUCACCAACUACUAUCUCUGGCCUGCUGUGCAGUUAGCCAACUUCUACCUGGUCCCCCUUCAUUACAGGUUGGCUGUUGUCCAGUGUGUUGCUGUUAUCUGGAACUCCUACCUGUCCUGGAAGGCACACCGGCUCUAAGUCUGCCUCUCUCCAUUGUUUCCGCCUUGCAGUGACGCAGCUUGACUCGAGAAUGGUCAGACAACCUCCUCAAAGAGGGCACAUCAUUUUCACAGGGUUAAUUUGCUAGUCAGAACUUAAUGGGGUUAGCGCUAUUAAGUGGCCCAUUUCACUCUAAAAUGUAAACUGACUCCUUUUGAAAUCACUAAAACCUUUAUAAUAGUCUUAUACCCACCACAUCCAUAAAUAUUUGUUGAACCAUAUGAUCUUGUCAAGUUUAGUUUACACCCAUAUCCUGACAAAUGCCACUCAUCCCCACUCUUCAUAGACACAUCUGUUUCUCUAACCCUUCCCAUCCCUAGUGUAGCUCCAGUUCUUUGGGGACCCUCUCAAAUUCUUUAUAUGGUACCACUGUAAAUAUGUCAUUAAAUAUGUAACCUGGAA